CCACAGAAAGUGGAGACACUCACCUCCCACUGGACCCUCUACAUGAACUUGGGCGGCUUCCUGGUGGGACUCUUCUCGUCCACCCUGCUGGGCGCCUGGAGUGACUGUGUGGGCCGCCGCCCGCUGCUGGUGCUGGCCUCGCUCGGCCUGCUGCUCCAGACCGUGCUGUCCAUCUUUGUGGUUCAGCUGCAGCUCCACAUCGGCUACUUGGUACUGGGCCGCAUCCUUUGUGCCCUUCUCGGUGAUUUCAGUGGGCUCCUGGCCGCUGGCUUUGCCUCCGUGGCUGAUGUCAGCUCCAGCCGCACCCGUACCAUCCGAAUGGCCCUAUUGGAAGCAUGCAUUGGGGUGGCAGGGAUGCUGGCGAGUUUCAUUGGUGGCUACUUGCUCCAGGAGCAGGUUUAUGUCAACCCCUUCUGGCUCGCCUUGGCCUUGCUGACCGUCAUGACUCUCUAUGCAGCAUUCUGCUUUGGUGAGACAGUGAAGGAGCGGACACCUACCCGUCUCUUCACACUCCGUCACCACCGAUCCAUCAUCCAGCUCUAUGUGACCCAGGCCCCGGAGAAAUCCAGGAAGCACUUAGCCCUGUACUCAUUGGCCAUCUUCAUGAUGAUCACUGUGCACCUUGGGGCCCAGGACAUCCUGACCCUCUAUGAGCUGAGCGCACCCCUCUGCUGGGACUCUCGGCUGAUCAGCUACGGUUCUGCAGCUCAGCAGCUCCCAUACCUCACCAGCCUGCUGGGCCUGUGGCUUCUGCAGUACUGCCUGGCCGACAUCUGGGUGGCUGAGAUUGGCCUGAUCUUCAAUAUCCUGGGGAUGAUGUUCUUCGCAUUUGCUACCACCACACCCCUCAUGUUCACAGGAUACGGGCUCCUCUUCCUGUCAUUGGUCGUCACUCCUAUCAUCCGGGCCAAGCUCUCGAGACGGGUGAGGCAGUCGGAGCAGGGUGCUCUCUUUUCUGCUCUGGCCUGUGUGAAUGGCUUGGCCAUGCUGAUGGCCUCUGGCAUCUUCAACUCACUCUACCCAGCCACCCUGAACCUCAUGAAGGGCUUCCCCUUCCUCCUGGGAGCUGGACUGCUCUUCAUCCCGGCCAUCCUGAUGGGGAUACUGGAAAGGGAUAAUCAUUGCCCUGAAUUCCAGGAGUUUUCCCAGAGCAGCCCCUGAUCUGCCUAGACCUGAGGACAGAGGGCAAGAGGAGCAACAUGAGCACUGACCAACUGGAAGGAGCUGCAUCUGGAUCCCAGCCCUUAGCAUAGCAGCAGAUUCCCCCAAAGCGCUGUGUUCACCUUGGACAGGAUGGUCAACCUGGACCAAGGCCCCUGCCUCAUCCACAGCUGUGCCAGCCUAGGACUCCCAGAUCUCGAAUUGUCCCCCACUCAGGGCAGGGGGUGGGGUGCGCCUAUUUGGAACAGGGAUCUGUUUACCCUUUAGGCCAUGAAUCACACAGAAGAACCCUCCAGGGGAGGGGAGAGAUCCUGACGGAGGGACCAGCUGAAGCCUGAGGGCUGGCACCUCUGCUUCCAACCCAAACUGGGCAGCUCGGAGUAUUCAAUUUAUCAGUCCUUAGUGAUGAAUAUGGUACCUUUGGGGGAGGGAGGGUUGUGGGAGGGACUUGGUGUCCCCUGGAGGGAGAAUGCUGCUGUCCCUGGGUGGCAAUUAAUCUGCUGGGCUUAGCAGUGCCAAUCAUCAUAAGUCAGUAUAAUCGCCCUGAAAUGAACUUUCUGGCUCCCCCACGGCAUUAGGCUAUGGGGCCUUGUUUUCCCAGUUUGCCCACCAUAGACCAGGCAGCAGCAGCUGCUGGAAAGGACAGGAGCCCCCAGUUGCCAUGAGAUUGGCACCGGGCACAGCCGGCUCACUCCUCAUCUGACUGCCCAUUGUCUUCUGAGCUUCUGGGAGGCAAAGCGCUGGCACGCUUGCAUCAGGCCAGUGGGGAAGCUCUGGGCAGAGCCCUGGCCGCUCAUUCCUUGGGGUCAGAGAUCCACUCCCUGAAGGCGCCCGUCCCGAUCUUCCUGGCUACAGCCAGCCCAAACGGAAUCAAUUUUUGUUACCACUCAGCUCUCUAACACCCCCCAUCUCUAGGCAUUUCAGCAGGGCCAUGUGCCAACACUCUCCCUUGAGCACCUGUAGGUCAACAGGAACCUGGAGAUAGGUCCAGCCUCCCCCUAUGGUAUAGGAGGCCCAAGUCCCAGAGAAUGCGGGGCCCAUCUCUAGGGCGUGAGGGAAGCCUGAAGUUGAAAGGCAGAAUCAGAUUGGGUCUUAAGGCUGGCUUUGAUGAGGCCCAUAAGCCCCCAAGCAAAUCAGAUUAACACCUGACUCUUCAAAACAGAACUAGCCACAGGGCAUCCCCCUGCCGGUAUUUCUGCCCUCAUUCUCUCUCAUGUGAAAUCAUGCAGGUAAAAUGGGGGUGGCCCAAAGCAAACCAAGGUCAGCUGUGGCCUGUUAUCAGAGUCCGGUGUCUCUAUCCCCUGUCGUGAGAUCAGGUGAGGAGAGGCCCCUCUCCUGGCCCAGCAGCGCCGAUGUCGGCAAAAAGGCUCUGGAUUGACCUCAGGCCUGGGAUCUACUCCAGGUACCGCCUCUGACUUGGGUGUGGCCUUCUGUGAAGGGCUAGCUCAGCGACACCCACAAUUGUCUGGUCAUGGUUUGACGAGUUAGGAAACACUAGAAUAAAUAUUGUUCUUAGAUCCUUCCUACCUCACACA